AUGUUCUGCGAGGACGGCGACCCGGACGACCCGGACGACGCGGCGGAGGAGUGCAAGUACGUCCUCGACGCGGACGCGCUCGCGGAGACGUUCGCCAAGGCGAGAGAGCGCGUGUCGCACGAGAAGAGCGGCGGCUGGCGGUUCGACUCGCUCUCGCGCGUCGUCGAGCGAUGCACGCGCGAGAAGGAUGUCGAGAAAAAGAUCGCGCCCGGGUGGCGCCGCGUCCUCAUCUUCUGCGAUAACGCCGGCGCGGACGUGAUGGGGAUGACGAUGCUCGCGAAAGCGCUCGCGGCGGUCGGCGGGAAAGGCACCAAGGUGGCGCUCGUGGCGAACGACACCGCGGCGUUGAACGACGUCACGUAUGAGGAGUUGGACGAGUACCUUCGCGCGGUGACUCGGCGCGGGGGCGAAUUUUACGACGGCGAUCCGAUACUCGGCGCGCAGAUGAACGGAAACAUGGUCGCGGCGGUGAACAGCGGGCAGGACAGCACGCUGCUAAACCUGAAUAACUGCGGGAGCGAGCUGAACGACUGGGUGAAUAUGCAGUUUCAGCAGGUUCCCGCCGGGGACGACUGGCUCAUCGUGUUGGACGGCAUGGGACGGUCGCUGGAGAGUAACUGGGACGCGUACAAGUACGUGAAAGACGGCGUAAACGUGUUGAACCUCGCGAUGGUGAAGAGCGAGAUCAACGCGCGGAGGUUGGACGCGGAGGUAUACGACUGCGUCGUGCGGUUACGACGCGGGGGCGACCCUGAGUAA